AUGCAAGCCGUAAUGAGAGACGAGCUCCUGGAAGAACAAUAUGGAUUUGUGCCUUAUUACGAAAACAGAAGAAGAGAGGGAUGGGUGUUGAACUAUACGGUGGUUACGCUUAGGGACGGAAGGAUGAAAACAAAACUCUACCUGAUUGAUGAGGAAGGCGGUGAGUUUCUUGUGAAGAUCCCUUAUUUCCCAUCAUUUCUAGUCAGGGCUUCCGACUAUGACAUUACUGAGGAAUACCUUAGGAAGAAAUACGCUGGUGAGAUUCAUGAUAUGGAAAGGACACAUAGAAUUGACUUCAAGGAGGAGAAUCAUUUGAAUAAGGAGCCAGGGAUGUUUUUGAAGGUAAGAUUCAAAACCGAAUCUGGGUUCGGUGAGGCUUUAAAGGAGUUGAAGAGAAUAGUGGCGAGGAAUAGAGUGCAGAAAAGCCAUGAGUAUGAUUGCUUUGGGGAGGAGAGAACAACCAAUGCCGAGAAUCUCAUAGAAUCUAUCCACGAGCAUGAUAUUCCCACAGAGGUUGCCACUGUUAAUGAUCUGAAGAUUAGGUGUGGAAAAUGGUAUGGAUUCUACUAUACAGGGGAGAUGUAUGUCGUAGAGAAAAGUGAAAGGAUUGUAUUUCCGGACCUUAGAAUACUUGCCUUUGACAUAGAAACAUCCAAAAAGCCAUUGAAGUUCCCCAACCCGGAGUCUGAUGAGGUGAUGAUGAUAUCGAUCAAAACGGAAUGCGGUGGGGAGUUGAUUGUCAAUCGAAGGCUGGUUUCCAAAAGUAUCCGAAGGUUUGAGUAUAAUCCAAAAGAAGACAUGCAAUGCGUUUUUGAUGUGGUAAAUGAAAGUGACGAGGAAGGAGUUCUGAUUAGGUUUGUGGAGAUGAUCCAAAGGCAUAGGCCUCACCUCGUAACAACAUUCAAUGGUGCAUCAUUUGACUUUCCGUUCUUAGAGAAGAGAAUGUCAAGGUAUGGGAUAAGUCUCAGAGAGACGGCUGGGUUUGCUCAAAAAGAUGAAUAUUACAUCUCACCAUUUAUUGUGCAUCUUGAUUGUUACAAGUGGGUUAAGAGAGACUCCUAUCUUCCUGCUGGGAGCCAGGGCCUCAAGGCAGUUACCAAAGCAAAACUAGGAUACUUUCCAGAUGAAGUUGAUCCCGAGGAUAUGGUUGGGCUUGCCAUAUCCGACCCCGACAGAAUGGCAUCUUAUUCUGUCUCUGACUCUGUUGCAACGUACUUCCUUUACAUCAAGUAUGUUCAGCCCCAUGUUUUUUCUAUAUGUUCUCUUAUUCCUCUUCCCCCAGCAUUAGCACUUUGCCAAGGGUCUGGGACGUUAUGCGAAGCUUUACUUAUUUCUGAGGCCAUUGAGUAUAAGGUGGUGAUUCCCGAGAAAAGAAAAGAAAAGAAGAUACAGGAGUACAAUGGACAUAUAGCGGAAAGCAUUACAUAUGUUGGGGGGUAUGUCGAAUGCCUGAAGUCUGGGAUUUUCAGGUCCGACUUUGAAUAUGACUUUGAGAUGGAUGAGGGAUUCAUUGAUGAAAUGGCUUUAAAUCUUGAUGAAAUGGUUUCUGAAUAUAACGAGGAAGAGGGUUUGGAGAGCAUGAAGAUUCAAAUCCUCAAGAGCCUCCAGGAAAACAAAGGAAAGAUUAGAAGAGAGGGACUUAUAUAUCAUCUAGAUGUAGGAGCUAUGUAUCCAAACAUCAUCCUCACCAACAAACUGCAGCCUAUAUCGAUUGUUGAUGAGGACACUUGCAUAAGAUGUGACUUUUCGGACGAGUUGAAUGAAUGCCAGAAAAGAAUGGAAUGGACUAUGAAGGUCGAGUAUAUUGCAGCGAGCAGAGAAGAAACAGAGAGGAUCAAGAAGCAGAUAAAAAAGGAGAAGGGGUUUGUAGGUGAUAGAGAUGAGGAGUUGAAGCAAAGGGCCAAGAAGUACUCCAAGGAGAUAUAUGGGAAAGCAAAGAGGAAGGAAAACUGUGUAAGAAGUUCGACUGUUUGCCAAAGAGAAGUUCCGUUUUAUGUGGAAACGGUUAGGAAGUUCAGGGACCAGAGAUAUGUUUACAAAAGAUUGUAUUCGGAGGCACAAAAGGCUUUUGAAGCUGCAAGAACCGAGGAGGAAAGGAAGCAUGCAAUGAAGUCUGUUGUUGUGUAUUCCUCACUUCAGAUUGCGCAUAAAUGUGUUCUGAACUCUUUCUAUGGGUAUGUGAUGAGAAAGAGCUCCCGGUGGUAUAGCAUGGAGAUGGCAGCAAUAGUCUGCAAUGUUGGGGGGAAUAUCAUCAAGAAGGCAAGGGAGAUUGUCGAGAAGAUAGGGAUUUCUCUAGAGUUGGACACAGAUGGUAUAUGGUGCCUAGUUCCGUCUUCGUUGAUAUCAUCUUAUACACUUCCUUCUGGAAAGAAGUUUUCACUUCUAUCGAGCCUCCUGAACCAUUUUGUAUGCAAGAAGUUUACUAACCACCAGUACCAAGAAAAGGUUGAUGGUAGGUACAUCACACGGAUGGAGAACUCGAUAUUUUUCGAGAUUGAUGGGCCGUAUAAGGCGAUGCUUCUUCCAGCAUCCACCGAGGAAAAUAGGCUGUUGAAGAAGAGAUAUGUGAUAAUUGACAGAAACAACAGGAUUGCAGAGCUAAAAGGGUUUGAAGUGAAAAGACGAGGAGAGCUAGAAAUCAUUAAGAAGUUUCAAGAAGAGCUAUUUCUUCAUUUUUUAGAUGGAAGCAACCUCAGGGAGUGCUAUGAGUCACUUGCAGAGGUGUGCAGAUAUUGGCUGGAUAUAUUGCGAAGCAGGGGAGAAUACAUUGAUGACGAUACGAUUCUUGAGUUAUUAUCUGAGAGCAGAAGCAUGUCUAAAGGAUUUGAUGGGUAUGGAGGAAGAAAAUCAAGCCUCACGGUUACGGCACUUAGAAUGUCUGAGGUCUUAGGAGAAGGGAUUCUUGAGGAGAAGCUGAAAUGCGAAUACAUUAUUGCAGCAUAUCCCGAGAACAGGUCUGUUGCGGAGAGGGCCAUACCAGUAAUAAUAUUCCGGUCUGAUCGGAAAGAGGAAUUUCUUGGAAGAUGGCUGCAAAGGAACUAUUCUGGAGACAUUAGAUCCAUUAUUGACUGGGACUAUUAUAAGCUAAGGCUGGAAUGUGUUAUUCAGAGGAUGGUUAUAUUGCCUGCUUUAUCCCAGAGGGUUGGAAAUCCUUUGAAGGAGGUGCAAGUACCUGGGUGGGCGAAGGCCAGGUCUGAGCUUAAGGGGUUUAGCCUAAAGAAUGCCAAUGAUAUUGAAGAAGUUUUCUGCAAGCCGAAGGUGAAGGAGGGCAGAAACACGGAGAGCACAGUCUGCAAAAAGGAUGAGAUUGACAAAGAAAACCACAUAGUUAAUGGGAAAAAAAGGAAAGCGCCGAUGGAAACUGAUAUUUCAAGGUAUACUCUUGGAAGUAAAAUGAGAUGGAUGGAAGCGAUAGAGGAGAUUAAUGAUAGAGGAGAUAUUAUCAAAGUGGCACGUGGAGAUGAUGGAUACAUGAAUGUAUAUUAUAGUGGGAGGGUUGAUGCCAGGGAGAGGAUUCCCUUAGAAAGGAGGAUCUACAUGGAAGUCAAUGAUUGGAAAUAUUUUGAAGAAUCUGGAGAGGUUGAGAAAAUGACGGUAUGUCUUCCCGAAGGUUCUGAAGACGUAGAAGUAGGUGUGAUUAAGUUGAAGGAGUACGAGUUUAUGUGUAACCACUCAUUAUACAAGAAGUUUCUGAGCCAUUUUUCAAUAAGAAGGGUUUUUGAAGAUAAGGUUCCAAUUCUGUACAGCAACAUGAAGGAAUGUGAGGGACGUGACAUUAGGUUUGUGACUGUGUCUGGGUUUAUGUUCCAAGGAAGAACUGUAUAUGCAGCUGGUAGGGAGGAGGUUCUUAUAUUUUCUGGAGAAGAGGGAUUGCAUGAUCUUGGAAAGCAUCUUCUUGAAGGCUUUGGAAAAUGGGAGGUUGCAGUUAUCAACUCGAAUGAUCCAUGCAAGGCCGAGCUUCGAAGGAUUUUAGAGAGGCAUCACGUUCUUGAAAUGGCUUUUAAGAGAAGCCCGCCUUUGAAGGAAUAUUCUGAGCUCUGUAAUGAGCAAAAGGUGCUCCAUCAGUGGAUGAGAGGGGAGAUGGAGUUAAUGUGCAAGACCAGUAAAUAUACAGGGAUACCGAUUUUCAAUGUAGAUGAACAGCUAAUGGAUGUAUUGUUUUAUAGGGAGUUGAGAAAGAACAAGGUUGUAUGUAGAAAACGGAAGCCUGAGAUGAAUCAUCUCCCAUGUCUGAAGGCAGAGAGAUUCAAGCCUGGAUUCUACAAGAGAUAUACUAUUGAAGUAGAAUGUAUAGGAACACUAGUUCUCUCUAUUAUCGAGUACAAGUCAUUUCUAGGAGAGGAUACAUUAUUUGGAGGAGUGUCAAGAAACGACUUCAAUGUUCUUCGGAACUUUCUAAAAAGGGUAGUCUUGGAUUCCAUCAGAGGCGUAGAAGGAACAAAGCUUCUUCUAAGGAAUAUAGGGUCAUGGAUAAGAAGAGACUCGGGCAUUAUCUGCACGGAGCUCCGGAAUAUUUGUUGCAUGUUACAAAAAAGGUACAUGAUGAAUCUGGCUAAGAAACUAAGAGAUGAAAGAUACGAUGUGAUUUGUGUGGCAGGGGAUAUGAUUCUGAUCAACACAGAGAAGAUAAGUGAGAAGUCGGCAUUGGAGUUCUUCCAACAUGUUCGUAAGAAAGGACUGGGGCUUUGCGGAUACGAAAUGAUGAAGAUGAAGCUCAACAGAAAGUUCCAGAGACUUGCAUUUGUAAGCCCAAGCUCUUACUUUUUUCUUUAUGAUGAGGAAUACUUUUGUUUCAGUGAAAGCAGUGUUCCAACAGUGUUUCUGAAGGCCUAUUUUGACGAUGGCCAGAUAGAUUCAGAAUUUGUGUAUAGUCUUGUGACUAAAAUUCCUUUGGAAAGCUCUAAGAUGGUUAUGAAGCUUCUUUCAUUUAGGCAAGAUGCACAAGCAUUGGUGUCCAACUGUUAUAGGCUUUUACGUUUAAGUGAGUUUGAAGAGAAAGAAAAUACAGAGAUGUACCUUGACAUUGUAUGUCCUUCAUGUGGAAUGGAGAAUGUGUUCAGAUCCAGAUGCAUAAAAUGCUAUAACCCAUAUCCAAAAAAUACCGUACUGGAUGCAUGCAUGGCUCGUGCCAAAUACCUCCUUUGGUUGGAGCUUACAGGAGACCUGUAUUGUAAUAGAUGUGGGAGAAUCAAUGAAACAAAACUGUCUGAAUUCUGUAGGUGUGGGGGGACUUUCAGGAAGGUAAAGCAUUGGGACAAGAUAGAAAGGCUGAAGAGGAUAGCCUCAAGCCCAGCCUUUGAUGAUUUUUGUAAGAGGAUUUCAAAUCAUUUCAUGAAAUGA